AGAACAAAAGUCUUUAUACUCUUUUCUUGGUGUGAUUAUUGGAGAGAGGAAGAAAGAGAACCCAAAACCCACCUCUCACUUUUCAAGAACUCAAAAGAAAAAAACAAAGGAUUUAUGCAAAGAAGCCGAUGGUGAUGAUGGUGCUGUUGAAGUUAAAAACACACCACGAAGAUAAGAACACAUAAUACCUUCUUCUUUUUCCAAUCUUCUUUUUCUGUCUCAGAAAAGGCAAGAAGCCAACUUCCUUGUUAUGUUUUGGUAGUUUAUUGCAGUAGCAGUGUUCUCUGAUCUUACUGCAAAUCUUUGUAUCAGAGCAGUAAUCGUGUAGUCUCUCUCUCACACACACUCUUUCUCUCUCUCGUUCUGUCUGCAAGUCUCUUUGUGUUUAAGAGAAUUUCAGAGACCCCACACCCAGCAUCAUAGUAAUAUCUAUAGACAGACUUGUAGAUCUUUCUCAGAUCUUAUAAAAUCUUCUUCAACCCUAUAUUCGAAUUGGGGUUUUGAAGUAAUAAAGUUUGGGUUUUUGUCAACGAAUCUCUGAGAGAUUUUGAUACAAAUUCUAGCAGUUGUGGCUACUAGCAGGAGUAGUAGGCUGCCUUCAGAUUCAGGUUUCAAUGCCGGUCCCGCCACCGCCGGAGGGGUAUCUACCGGGAUGUGGUCGUCAGCCCCGUCCGCUCGUCAAAUCAACUACGGCCUCCCGGAGAUGGGCAUGUUGGGUCUUCGUGAUGUGUUUGUGGUUGCUCCUUCCAGUCAUCAUAAUCUCUCCGAUCAUCAUUCCAUCAACUCAUCUGUUGCAAACGCCAACGCUGCAACCGCGCUCGGCGUCGGCGUUAUUCCACUUUUGAGCACCACUCCUUGUCUCAACGUUGAAGAAGGUAUGUUGAAUAAUCGCGGCAGCGGUAGAAAUAGCAACGCCAAUAAUAACAGUAAUUAUAGCAUUCAGUUCUGGCAGCAACACCCUCAAACGCAACCACAUAAUUAUUUGAACAAGCCAAUGAUUUCCGAUCAUGGGUUUCUCCAAGGCAGCGUCGGCGGCGGCGGGUCGACGUCAACUUCAGGUUCCACCAUGACUUGUCAAGACUGCGGCAAUCAGGCAAAAAAAGAUUGCACCCACCGGCGGUGCCGGACUUGCUGCAAGAGUAGAGGGUAUGAUUGUGCUACACACGUGAAGAGCACUUGGGUACCCGCUGCUCGCCGCCGUGAACGUCAACUCAUGACAUCAACGGGCGCUGCUACUGUUUCCUCCGCCUCAACUUCUGGUCCUAAAAAGCCUCGCCUCACUUCUCAUACCACAACUAACUCACACACUUCCACUUCCAACACCACACCUCCUCGCAGUUUUGAAACUAGUUCCAGUCACCAUCAAGAUGCCAGUUUUAAGGAAUCAUUGCCCGGACAAGUGCGUGCUCCGGCGGUGUUCAAAUGUGUGAGGGUGACGGCGGUGGAAGAUGGAGAUGAUGAAUAUGCAUACCAAGCUAGUGCUACGAUCGGUGGACAUGUCUUCAAAGGCUUCCUCUAUGAUCAAGGAGUUGAAACAAGAGAUCAUUCAAACAUCCCCAAUUUUUCGGAAUUGCACCUGGGCGGCGGUGGUGGUGGCGGCGGUAGUGGAGGGAGGAAUGUGGAUGGUUCAUCUUCUUCACCGCUGCUUGACCCAUCUGAGGUUUAUGGAUCAUCAGGUGGUGGAUUGCUUGCAGGAUCAACCUAUGGUAAUCCAAUAAAUUAAUACUGGUUUAUUUUUCAAAAUUGUCUAAUUAAAAACCGAAUUUUCAUGGAAACUUGAUUGGCUGCGUGGCAUCGUGUUGUCCAAUCAAAUCCGCAUUAGGGUUUAUUUCUUGAUCCCUUCGAACGUUGCCCUAAACAUGUAUGUGACUCAACAAUUCUUUCAUGCAAUAAUUUUGAUUUAAAAGGUCUUUGCUUGAA